AUGGGUGAAUUUAAGGUCCAUCGAGUACGUUUCUUUAAUUAUGUUCCAUCAGGGAUCCGCUGUGUGGCUUACAAUAACCAGUCAAACAGAUUGGCCGUAUCACGAACAGAUGGGACUGUGGAAAUUUAUAACUUGUCAGCAAACUACUUUCAGGAGAAAUUUUUUCCAGGUCAUGAAUCUCGGGCUACAGAAGCUCUGUGUUGGGCAGCAGGACAGCGACUCUUCAGUGCUGGACUCAAUGGAGAGAUUAUAGAGUAUGACUUACAGGCACUGAACAUCAAGUAUGCUGUGGAUGCCUUUGGAGGACCUAUUUGGAGCAUGACUGCCAGCCCCAGUGGCUCUCAACUUUUGGUUGGCUGUGAAGAUGGAUCUGUGAAACUCUUUCAAAUCACUCCAGACAAAAUCCAGUUUGAAAGAAAUUUUGAUAGGCAGAAAAGUCGCAUCCUGAGUCUCAGCUGGCAUCCCUCUGGUACCCACAUUGCAGCUGGCUCCAUAGACUACAUUACUGUGUUUGAUGUCAAAUCAGGGAGCACUAUUCAUAAGAUGACUGUGGAUAGACAGUAUAUGGGUGCGUCUAAGCGGAAAUGCAUUGUGUGGGGUGUUGUCUUCUUGUCGGAUGGCACUGUCAUAAGUGUGGACUCUGCUGGGAAAGUACAGUUCUGGGACUCAGCUACUGGGACGCUUGUGAAGAACCAUCUCAUCUCAAACGCUGAUGUGCUGUCCAUUGCCGUAGCCGAUCAUGAAGACAGUUUUGUGGUGGGCACAGCCGAGGGCACAGUAUUUCAUUUUCAGCUGGUCCCUGUGACUUCAAACAGCAGUGAGAAGCAGUGGGUGCGGACAAAACCAUUCCAGCAUCACACUCAUGAUGUGCGUGCUGUGGCCCACAGCCCAACAGCUCUGAUCUCUGGAGGCACUGACACCCAUUUAGUUAUUCGUCCUCUCAUGGAGAAGAUAGAGGUAAAGAACUAUGACGCUGCUCUCCGAAAAAUCACCUUUCCCCAUCGACGUCUCAUUUCCUGUUCAAAAAGAAGGCAGCUUCUCCUCUUCCAGUUUGCCCAUCACUUGGAGCUUUGGCGACUAGGAUCCACAGUUGCAACAGGCAAGAAUGGGGAUACCCUUCCACUCUCUAAAAAUGCAGAUCAUUUACUGCACCUCAAGACAAAGGGUCCUGAGAACAUUAUUUGUAGCUGUAUUUCCCCAUGUGGAAGUUGGAUAGCCUAUUCUACAGCUUCUCGGUUUUUUCUCUGUCGGUUGAAUUAUGACCAAGACAACAUAAGCCUCAAAAGAGUUUCCAAAAUGCCAGCGUUCCUUCACUCUGCCCUUCAUAUUUUGUUUUCUGAAGAUUCAGCAAAGCUCUUUGUGGCAUCAAAUCAAGGGUCUCUCCAUGUCAUGCAGCUGUUGGAAGGAAGCUUCAAGCACCUACAUACUUUCCAGCCUCCGUCAGGUGGGAAUUUGGUAACUGGGCACAGGGAGAGUUUAGGAGGACAUAUCUGGCAGAUGAAGACACUAGAGCUUCACUGCACAGUGCCUGCAUACAAUUUCCCAGUGACUGCUCUGGCCAUUGCCCCCAAUACCAACAACCUUGUCCUUGCUCAUUCAGACCAGCAGGUAUUUGAGUAUAGCAUCCCAGACAAACAGUAUACAGAGUGGAGCCGGACUAUCCAGAAGCAGGGGUUUCACCAGGUUUGGCUCCAAAGGGAUACGCCCAUCACACACAUCAGUUUUCAUCCCAAGAGACCAAUGCACAUCCUUCUCCACGAUGCCUACAUGUUCUGCAUCAUUGACAAGUCAUUGCCUCUACUCUUCUUGGAUCUUUUGGAUGAAAAAACACUGGUGGCAGUAGAACGGCCCCUGGAUGACAUCAUUGCUCAGCUCCCACCACCCAUCAAAAAGAAGAAAUUUGGAACCUAAAACAGGGCAUUGUGUAUGUCCUUCCUUGAACUGUCUUCCUUGUUACUUUUCACAAAUCAUGGUAAUAAAACAGUUAUUCUUAAGGA